UCAGUAGGACGAUCAUACUUGAAGGCUAAAUUGGAAAGCAAGCUGAAACCUGCUCCAGUCCUGCAACAGAAUCUGGAGGCAAUUCAGUGCACAGUGAUAACAGGGCAUUGGCACAGGCUGCAGGCAGGAUGUUAGGAGUACUGCCCUUCCGGAGUGGGAUGGGAUCAAGUUUGGGAAUGCUGUUGGCCCUUACUGCCCAGACUCUUGGGAAAUCAGAGAGCCAAGGAUGCUGGGUCAGUAGGGGCGCAUGAAGGAUCAGCUUAUAAUCAAGGAAAUUUGAGUGAAUUAUCAUGGAUGAGGACUUUGAUUUUGAGCGCCGCAGGGAGCUUCGGAGACAAAAGCGUGAAGAAAUGCAGAGGGAGACAGAGAAGAUGAACUCUCAGGAUGAUGACGAGGAGGCAGCUCGAGAGUGUCGUAGACGAGCCCACCAGGAACGCCUGCGCAAUAAGGAGAAUGAGGAGUCAAGCAGCACUGCAACAGAAACUAAUAGUACUGAGACAUCAACACUGAUCACUAGUUCUGAACCGACUGAGGAUGAUGACCAGGCUCUCCUGGAAAGGAUUGCUCAGAGAGAAGAGCGGAGACAGAAAAGAAUGAGGGAGGCUUUAGAGAGGCAGAAGGAACUUGACCCAAACAACAUGGAUGGAAAUGUCACCACCACCACAGAGCCAAGUGAUAGAAAUGGUGAGGAAGAGUCCUCUCAAAACGAGGUCCCUUCAACAGGAACCAACUACUGGAAGGAAAGGGAAGAGAAAAAAGAAGAAGAAAAGAUAGAAGAAACUAAGGCAGAGGUUGAGGAGACAACCACGGUACAGGAGGAGCCAGCACCAGUCACAGCAGCUGAAGAACCCAAAGAAACUCCUGAGAAGAUAGUAGAAGACUACCAGGAAGAGGAGGAGAGACCACAGAGGUCCUACCUCAAAGAACAGGAAUCCACAGAGGAACACAAAGAUCCAGCUGUUACAAAUAAGGAAGAAUCUUUCAUUGCAAAUAGAGAGACUAAAGAAAAAACACAAGCAGAUUUAGCAAGUGCAGAUUUAGAAAAGAAAGAGGCUGAAAGUUUGGUAUCAAGUAUGGUAAUGCAAGAGGAACCUGCAAAAGAGGACACAGCAGUAAAAGUUGAGGUCAAAGUGGAACCAGCUACAUCACAAAAUGAAGAAGAAAAGCCUGUGGAGAAAGAGGAACCUGAGAAGAAACCUGCAGAAAAACUUGUGGAGGUGAAGUUUAGAACUCAAGAUUCAGAACCUCUUGCAAAGAAGGAAGCUGAGAAACCUACAAAAGAACAAGAAAAACCUUAUGUACCUAAGAAGACUUCUGAAGAAAUGCCUAAAAAGUCAAUGAGAGAAGUUGAGGUUAAGGCCCAAGUCCCAAAGAAAGAAGAGAAGAAACCACAAAUGAAGAGGCAGCUUGAAGAAAAACCAUCAACACAGAAGAAAAUUGAGGAGAAACUUGGGACUCCAAAGCAAGACAGUGAGGAAAAGCCAAAAUGGAAGAAAGUGACAGAAGAAACUAGGCCCAAACCUGAAGAAAAAGCUAAACUAAAGAAGGAAGAGAAAGUGACAACUAAGCCACAGGAUGCAGUUGACAGCACUGCAAAAGCCAAGAAACCAGAGAAGACGCUAAGCCCCAUAGGUUUACGCUCUCCUGAAACAGAGAAGCAGGAUCCCAUCGGCAAGUUGGAGGCAGAACGCAAGCUACAGGAGUUGAAGCGGCGGAGAAAUGAGACGGACAGCGAGGUGCUGGAGAAGAUGAAGCAGAAACAGCAAACGGCUGAGGCUGAGCUGGAGGAGCUUAAGAAGAAGAGGGAGGAGAGGAAGAAGAUUCUGGAGGAAGAGGAGAAACAGAAGAAACAGCAGCUGGCAGAAAAGAAGACUAAGGAAGAGGAAGAGAGGAGGAAGAUGAAAGAAGAGAUUGAGCGAAGGAGAUCAGAGGCAGCAGAGAAAAAGAAGCAAAAGGAGGAGUCCAAAGAAGGGAGUAAAGCUCCAUUCAUCGCUCCAAAGGGUGCCUCCGCCAAGAUUGGGGAGAAAACUGAAUUUUUGAACAAAUCUGCACUUAAAAGUCCAGUGAAGAUGCCACACACACCAUUAGUAUGCAAGAUUGGAAACAGACUGGAGCAGUACACUUCUGCUGUUCAGACUAAAGAAGUGACCAAAUCACCCAAAUCUCCUGUGGAUGUACCUGUAGCUGAAGGUGUGCGGAACAUCAAGAGUAUGUGGGAGAAGGGGAACGUGGUCAGUCCCACCUCUAGUCCUGCAAGCCCCCCUGCUGUCACAAAGGAAACAGCUGGCCUGAACAUUGGCAUGGCUGGUCGCAUUAACAGCUGGAAGACCAAGACUCCUGAGCAGCAGAAACCCGCUGAACCAAAGCCAGCCCCUGAACCAGACAAACCAGCCACCAAAACAGACCAGAAGCCAGCUGAUGUAACUAAAACACGUGGUCUAUGGGAAACAAAAGGCUCAUCACCUGCCAAGGUGUUCACAGCCAGGAGUAAAUUCGUCACUAAUGGAACAAGAAAAUGAAGACAUCUGACCAGACCCCAGAUCAGGCAAAAUUAAAGACGUAUCCAUAAAAUAUGCAGUGAUUUGUACAGGUGGUUCUCAGUUGGUUUUGCUUUAGGAUCUAGAUUUUACAUGAGACGUCAAGUGGCAACCCGACCCAGUAGCAAAAUUGUUUAUUGUACAACAAACAAAAGUCCUCAAAAUCAAACAUUGAAAUGUAUUACAAUUAUCAUGUAAUGCAUAGGCCAAACAACAUGCAGAAUUAUUUUAAUUUUUUUUCCCACAAUUUGGAAUGCCCAAUUCCCACUACUUACUAGGUCUUCGUGGUGGCACGGUUACCCACCUCAAUCCGGGUGGCGGAGGACAAGUCUCAGUUGCCUCCGCCUCUGAAACCGUCAAUCCGCGCAUCUUAUCACGUGGCUCACUGUGCAUGACACCGCGGAGACUCACAGCACGUGGAGGCUCAUGCUACUCUCCGCGAUCCACGCACAACUUUCAUUCCACCCCAUUGAGAGCGAGAACCACUAAUCAUGACCACGAGGAGGUUUCCCCAUGUGACACUACCCUCCCUAGCAACUGGGCCAAUUUGGUUGCUUGGCAGACCUGGCUGGAGUCACUCAGCACACCUGGAUUCGAACUCAUGACUCCAGGGGUGGUAGUCAGCAUCAACACUCACUGAGCUGCCCAGGCCCCCCAAUAUGCAGAAUUGUUAACAAAAAUUACUGCAGAAUUGUGAUUUACCAGCCUGACACAUGGAACAAAUACUGGGCUAUUAGAAUUAGUAUUAGAUAUUAUACCAAGUGACAGAUAAAUUUGUGCCAAAACACAAUCAAGUCUGAUUGCUGAAGCUAAAAAUAUUGGAAGCAUUUUCACCUCCCUUUCAAAUAAACGUUCCAGGUUCAGUACAAGUUAAGCUCAAUCAACAGUAUUUGUGCCAUAAUAGUAAAUAAUCAGUUACAGUUAGGCACUUACAAUGGAAGUGAAUGGGGUCAAUACAUACAUGUAAAAAAAUACACAUUGUUUCAAAAAGCACAGCCACAAGACAAACAUUAUAUGUGUUUACUUGAUUUUAGUGUGAUAUAAUUGCUUAUUAACCUUAUUUGUGAAGGUAUAUUCAAUAAUAGCCUGCAACUUUGUUGCCAUAACGAUGUAACACCAAUAAACCCUGUAAGCGAUUUUAUCACACUAAAAUUAUGAAGUACAGAAUAACACAUAAUGUUUACAUCUUGUGGCUAUACUGUUGAAACAGUGUGUAUUUUAAUGUAUAUGGACUGGCCCCAUUCAGUUCCAUUGUAAGUUUCUCACUGACCCUGGUUUUUGCUUUUUUAAUAUAUAUUUUUGUGGUAAUCAACAUUAUGCUACAAAUGCUGUCAGUUGAGCUUAAUAUGUACUGAACCCGGAACAUUUCUGAAUGUUGAUUACCUAUUUAGUUUGUUUUGCUAGCUAUGCAUUAAUAUAUACAGUAUGUGUUAGUUGCAUUUUAUUAUUUGCAUUUAGACAUGUUUUACCCUGCUGUCUGCUACCUUACCAGUUCAGAUCGGCAAUGUUGUUGGGUCUCAACCAACUAGUUGGGAGCCACUGAUUUAUGCUUUAUAAAUUUAAUCUGAUGAAAUAAUAAGUAGGAGAGACAGAACCUGUAAUAAAGGACAGAUAUAAGGUUAAAAUCAUCUUUUGGCUCUGUGCUUGAAGCACACCAUUUUUCCUUUUCUUACUGAUGAAAAGGUCAUUUGCACAUUUGAAUCAUAUAAACUCUUACACUACAGUACAUCUGAAUAAUUACAGCUAAAUGUAAUUAUUCAUAGGAGAUUUUUGCUCUCUUGAGCAGAAUUAUAAUACCUCCCAGUAAACAAAAUUCUUGAGCUUAAUCUAGCCUUGAUUAAAAAAGUUAAUUUCCCUGGAUAUAAUUUCCUUCUUUAUUAUCAUUGAUUCAUUAAAUAAACAUAAUGAUGCCUUGAGACUUUGGAACUCCCACUUCUCUCAGUUUAGCCUCAUGUGCAUGGAGGAUCAAAUGACUGAAUACAGUAGCUGUUAAUUUUACCCUCAUGAUGCAAUACUUUGUGAUAUGUUAUCAUUGCUGACAUACUAACCAGUUCAAGGGGAUCACCUCCCCUUGACUCCCAAAACUGAUUAGCGAAAACAGAACUUUGUGGCUCAGUUGAUUUUUUGUUUUUUAAGUCCUGUUGUGUAGUUCAAUUGUCAAGUGUAAAUGUUUGAACUCCCAUGCUCAAUCUAACAUAUGACUUGUAGGUUUUUGAUUGUGCUGUGCUGAUCAUAUUGCUUUUUGCUUUACCAGAAAGUAUUUGCACUUAAGCCACACUUUUCCUUGCAUAGAUAAUAAAAUUAGGGCUGUGAAUCGAUAAUUAUGAUUUUUUUACUAAUUGGUCGCACAGUUUUCUGUGAUUAAUCAUGAUUAAUCGUGAUUAAUCACAUUUAAAUGAUUGUACAUGAUACAUUAUAACAAAGUCAAGUGGCAACAGUAAACAAAUCAUGUUAGAGCUUUUCUCAGAACGUACUUUUGUGUAAUUGAUUUUAAACAAUUGGUUCCAAAGUCAUUUUAGUGAUUAAAUAAAAUAAAAUGCAUUAUUAAUAAUAGUAAUAAUUCAUAUUAAUAUCAAUUAUUUAUAAUAAAAAUAUUUAUAAUAUUUAUAUUAAUUAUUUAUAAAUGCAUAUUAAUAUUUCUUUUAUAAAUAAAUACAUACAUAAAAUCCACUUGGUUUGAUAUUUUAUGUAAUACAAUAACAUUCAUUCAUUUUCAAGUGUGGUUAAGUGUCCAAAUACUUUUUUAGGGACACUGUAUAUCAAAUGCCUUGUGUUCAGAGAAGAAAAAUAACUUCAGUUUCAGCAUUAUAAAGUGUUUAGAAGUUUGGUAGUACUAUAGCUAAACCCGUGCACAAAAUCAAUAAAAUCCAUUAAUUUGCUGUAUGUCCUAUUUCUUUUCUUACAAAUUUAAAUUGUCAGUGUAAAACACAAUGAGUGUACGACUACUGUAUUUGCCAAACAAGUUUUCACAGAUACAUCCACACAUACUGUAUCUCUCUCACUGUGUGUAUUUUGUGCACAGCACUCACAGGUCCAGUAGACCAUUUGGCAUUUGUCUACUUUCAAGAAACUGCUUUUCUGUGAAUGUGUUGGGUUUCAUGGGGCAGCAAAACAAGGCCAGCUAUGAACAGGUUGUAUAGAAUGUGUGCUUUUAGAAUUUCACUGAAAUGCAUUCGAAGGUCUAACAAUAGACGAAGCCUCUCUACACACACACACCAAUGAGAGGGCAAUGUGGUCACGUGGUCUGUUAGUAUGUUAGCCUUAAGACUGAGUCACCUGCCUCAACGCUGCACUCUAAAGGAGAGCUGCUCCACCUCAGAGAUUGACAAAGAACCUGGUAAGAGGAAUUUUGAGAUAAAUAAAAAUAAUUCUUUAAGUUUAGGUAUUUUCUCCCAUUUUUUUCCAUUAUAGGAACAUUUAGCUAGAGUUCAUUACAUUCAAUUCUUUAUGUAAAUGACAAUAACAUGGACCAUCCACAAAAGUGCUUUUCAAAAUAUUUUAGAGGGUUGUUUGCUCAAAUAUAUUGAUAUACAAGUUUUGCACACUGAUGUUGCUCUGUAGAUGUGUUAGUAAAUGUAGAUGCAGAUUGCCCAUCUAACCUGCUUGUAAUGUUUGAUGGAUUGACAGACAUGUCUGAUACAGAAGAUGUGAUGGAUGAGGGGGUUCAGUGAGUAACAAUAUUUUAAUUUCCUCAGUUUGCAAUGUUUUUGAUUUUAGCAUUUUAAUAAUAGAAUAGAAUGGAAUAGAAUCUGACAGUAAUCAAUGACAAAUGAUUAUAAACCAUGCAAUUAAUUUUGUAUGUAUUGCAUUUUCACUUGCAAAUCUUUUGUUUCUCUUUUGUCUGUGUGUGUGAUUUUUGUCCAAUUAUUUAAAAAGGGAGGAAGGUAUUGUAUCACAUGGCAUCACGUGCAAUACGUUCAUUUGUUCCACUAAAAUAAGUUAUAUUACUGACUUGAAAUUGCUUUUUUAUGUGCUUUUCUUUUCAUUUCCAUUGCUGUUAAAAAACAACCAACUCUCCAAAUGUAGUGGAUGACUCCAAGUCUAAACCAAAGUUUCUACCAAAUAUCCAAGCACCAAAGAUUCCAGAGGGAGAUAAAGUAGAUUUUGAUGACAUCCACCGUAAGCGUCAAGAGAAGGAUUUAUCUGAGCUGCAAUCUCUUAUUGAAGCUCACUUCAUCCAGAGGCAGAAAGAUGAGGAGG